AUGUAAAGAGAAAAGCGUAUACCUUCUAGGGUUUGGCGAUACGAAGAAUACUCUCCUCCAAGACGACCUUCUUCAUCAAUCAAUCGAAGAUAAAGAAAGAGAGAAUUAUGCUAUUAUAAAAUACAAAAAAUAUCAUAAAAUUCUUAAUUUACUAAAGAAGAAGAUGAAAGCAUUCUUUAAUAUGUUAAAGAAUUAGGACCUAAAUUUGUUAAAAUUGCUACUUUCUUCCCUAGUAAGUCAUAUAGCAUGGUGAAAAACAGAUACUAUAAACAUUUAAGGAAUAAGCUGUUUGAAAGAAGAGGAAGUUAAGAAUUGAAUCCUAAUAAUUAAGACACUACUUAACAAUUUAAAAAUUCCAUGAUUUAACCUAGUAAUGAGAAAAUAGAAGAAUUGAAUUAACUUAUAUCUUCUAUAAACUUAUUUCCUGAAAUUACAGAAAUAACCAAAAGUUUUAUAGGUGAAUUGUCAAAGCAUUUGCUCUGA